UUUGUAGUAGAUGGUUGGGAAGGACGCAAGCAUUUAACUAUUUUUUAAUUUUUUGAUAAUCAGCCAGUGAAAUGACUUGAGAUAAGAGACUAUCGGCAUACCCUUGACAUACGGCAGGAAGUCAUCAUGGCCAGACUGAAGUACGCGAGUGACAUGGACAAGUCUGUCCUGCUGAAUAACUUUGAGGCCAGAGGAUGGGUACCUGUUUCCCCGGACGACGACUGGAAUUUCUACUGGGCCAAUGUACAGAGUAUUAGAAAUGUUUUCAGCAUUGACUGUGGUUUCAGACUUGGUGAUGACCAAGUGAUCAGUCACUUUCCAAAUCAUGUUGAACUGACCAGAAAAGAUCUGAUGGUCAAAAACAUCAAGAGAUACAGGAAAGACCUGGACAAGGAGGGCAGUCCUCUGGCCGAGAAGGAUGAGAUGGGACGAUACAUCCACCUAGAUUUUAUUCCUCAAACCUUCAUGUUACCAGCUGAUUACAAUUUGUUUGUGGAGGAAUUCAGGAAAAAUCCAAACACUACGUGGAUUAUGAAACCAUGUGGAAAAGCUAGAGGAGUGGGAAUAUUUCUGGUAAACAAAUUAUCUCAGUUAAAAAAGUGGUCCAGGGAUAGCAAAACAAGCAAUUUUACUCCCCCAACAUCAAAGGAUACUUAUGUCAUUUCUAAAUACAUUGACAACCCACUUCUGAUUGGAGGAAAGAAGUUUGACCUUCGACUUUAUGUCCUCGUGACGUCCUUCAGACCCCUGAAGUGUUAUUUGUUCCGUUUAGGCUUUGCCAGGUUCUGUACCGUUAAAUACAAUGCCAGCAUUAAUGAGCUAGACAACAUGUUUGUACAUCUCACCAAUGUCUCCAUCCAAAAACAAGGGGAUGAUUAUAAUGCAGUGCAUGGAGGGAAAUGGACCGUUCAAAAUCUGCGACUAUUUCUGGAGGGAACAAGAGGGAAAGAGGUUACAGACAGACUGUUUGAUGAGAUGCAGUGGCAGAUUGUGCACUCUUUAAAAGCUGUGGCUGGAUGUAUAUCCAAUGACAGGCAUUGCUUUGAGUGUUACGGAUAUGAUAUAAUUAUAGAUGACAAUUUAAAGCCUUGGUUGAUAGAGGUGAAUGCCUCACCCUCUCUGACAAGCACCACCUCUAGUGACAGAAUAAUGAAGUAUAAACUCAUCAAUGAUGUCAUCAAUAUCGUCAUUCCUCCGGGACAAGUUCCAGACGUUAGAUGGAAUAAAAUACCAGCAAAAGAACACCUUGGAAAUUUUGAUGUUCUGUAUGAUGAGGAGCUGGCACAGCAGGAUCUAAUGGGAGGGGAUCCAAGGAAAUUAGGGCCCGGUACCUUCAGAGGAAAGAGAGAUGGGAGUCGGCCCUCACCUGCCACAUGGAAAUGAACCCCAGAAUGUGAUCUUAGAGAGAGAGAGAAGGAAAACAUCACUUUAAUUUAACCUUCAAAAAGGUUCCGAGUCUUUCAUUUUGAGUAUUUAUGACAAGUGAUGAUUUGUUUGUGAAAUGGGGAAGUAUUUAAAGGUGUUUACCCUUGAAAAACUGUGAUAUAAUUUUUAACAACUGACUUAAAAUCAUCCAAUUUGUACAUUCCACCCAUAUUUAUUAAAACUCAUGCAAUAUAUGCUUUAAAACAUUAGAAAUAGCUUUGUGUUAACAAUAAAAUAAUCAUGGUGA